AUGGAGCCUUAUGCAGAAGCAAGUUGUGUUUUGAAGGUGAAUGUUCAUUGCCAGUCUUGUAAGAUGCAUAUGCUAGAAGUUCUUGGUUCAGUCUGUGGAAAAUACAAUGUGGACAUAAAUUCUGAAGAAGGGUUAGUGAGAGUGUACGCAUUAGUCGAGCCGAACCUACUAUUGAAGGCCUUAGCUAGAACAGGGUACCACGCGGAGCUGAAAUCGGUCAAGCUCCGCCACCCGGACGUUAGUAAAAACUAUUACUACAAUAGCGGAUACGACCCGUAUAGCCACGGAUACGGGUACAACAGCUAUGGAUCCAUCGAAGACCCGUAUAGCUACAGUCGGGCUUUACCCGACCCGUAUUCGUAUGGUUCGUAUGGUGGACACCAUUCAAAUUACUACCCAUCGACAAGAUCCAUGUCUCCGUACCAUCAUGGGUCGAACCUGUACCAUCACGGGUCGAACCCGUAUUACUACGGGUCGGCCUACCCGCAAGCAAGGUACGUGCCAUCCUACCCACCCAAAGAGUACGACCCGUAUGCUGAUGAACCGACCAAUUUUUGCAGUAUAAUGUAG